CAAGGGUUGUAUGCCUCCACAGCAUUUAACAGUGAUUGAUGCCACCUUGAGCAUGCCAGGUGCCACCCUUGAAGCGGAGUAUCAGCGUUGAAUCAACGUGAUUAAUGCAAUGACUGCAUUCUGCCCUGUGGAAGAGGGGCGGCCCAUGCCUCGGCCCAGCCAAUCUCAUUGCCGGCCUGUACCUGACAAUGACAAACCCUGUCCUCCUGCCAAACAGCAACAGCAUUUCUCAGAGGAUGAGACUGAGAUUACCCUGUUCCAAGCAAUGGAAUCUAAUCAGAUUGUGGAACACGCAACACCCGGUUCACUCACCAGGCAUUUUCUACAAAAACAUGUCAAUCCUCCCUGGCCAACCAAAGGGGUUGAGUGUAAUAUCUGUGGGGUGAAGCUGCUUGAACAGAAAGUUCAUCUUUUAAAUCACGCAGAGAGGUGUCACGGAACAGUUGUGCGAGGUUCCACUCAGGGAAGGCUAGCAUUGGAAUGUCAACACCAAGCUGGGCUUGUGUCAUUGUAAUAGAGAGUACUCCAAGCAAUUCUCAGUAAAUAUGAAUCGCUGUGCAACUUUGGAAUGUAUAUAAAUAUAUGGGUAUUUUUGCUUCGGAGAUGGUUGAUAGCGGAGCAAGACUGAUACAGAUGAUAUAAAUGUAGUGGAAUAUUAAUUGUAUUCAAU